GCAAAUUUAACGCGGACAAGAUGAAGUAUUUUACUCCAUCUCACAGUAAUUUUAUCAGCGCUAACCAAAACAACAUUAACUACAUUAGUUAUUUGAAGCGUGUAUGGAAUACUGACGUAUUUUAUAGCACAUACGUCAAUAGAAAAUACGUUCCAGUAUCUAAAUCAAACCAAAAGCCAAGCCUACUUGCACAAAACGUAGGCCUUCAAGAUGUCUUCAAUGGCAAAGAGAAAAAGGAAAACUUCAGCAUGCAGACAAAGGUCUCUCUUCGAGAUUUUGUUAAAAAAAUUCCAGUAACUGGUUUCUUUCGAAGCACCGAAACACAAGCCACAGUCGUUACCAACGAUAUCGCCACUCAAAGCUCAGUACCAAGAGUUCUCCACAACAAAGCCACUGCAACACAGGCCAUUACCCAAGAUAUUGCCACUCAGAUGUCAGUACCAGGGGUCCUUACCACCAAAGACUUUGCCACUGUCAAUACUCAAGAUAAUGCCACUCAAAUGUCAGUACCAGGGGUCCUGAGCACCAAAGACUUUGCCACAGUCAAUACUCAAGAUGUUGCCACUCAAAUGUCCAUACCAGCAUCCGUCCUGAAUGAUGUUCAUGAAGGUCGCCCAAAUGAGCAGGUACCAAGAUAUCAGAUGGAUGUGAUGAAUCACACUCCGGCCUAUGACUACACAGUACAGCGGAAUGAGAUCCUCCAAAGGCACGCCAAUCUCCCCCUGUUGAAUCAUCAGGAGUUUCAAUUCCUAAAUCUGUUAGGGAAAGGAGCAAAAGGAUCUGUUUAUCUAGCUAUGGCUAACAACACUGUCCCAACAGCAGUAAAGGUGUACCAUUCAGAAUAUUCCACAAAGCUCCAACAAGACAUUUUAAAUGAAUCAAGCAUUUUGUCAAUUCUGCAGGACACUGGUUUUGUGCCGCGGGUUUAUGGAUUACUUCCCGACCAAUCCGACGUAAGAAAACAUAUGCUUGUACAGGAGUUUUUCGGAAACGGGAGAACACUCUGGUCCAUACUUAAUGGAAGGGACGCAAAUGUUGUUAUCAACACUGCAAUCAAAAUCAAUAUUGCCUACCAGUUGGUGUUUGCACUCAAGGCCAUCCAUGACAAAGACGUCCUGCUGAAUGAUAUCAAAUCUAACAACGUCCUUGUCGACACCAGUACCCCUGACUUCAGAAUAAGAUACAUAGAUUUUGAUCUGGCCACAUUCCAAGGCAGCUAUCAAUAUUCGAUCCAGGCAGGAAAUGCCUUUGCAGCCAUUUUUGGAGGGCAAACAUUUUCCUGGCUUGCCCCAGAAGUGAGAAUGGGUGUUAGUGUAACAGGAAAGAGAGAGAGAGAGAGAGAGAGAAAAUACAACGACCAGAUCGGGUCUCGAACCCUGGACCUCCGAACCCCAGACGGACGCUUAGAUAACCUGAGCUACUUGGCCACCGAUGCUGAGCCCAGUCCAGUUCCGCCACAUUCUUCACUCCUUGAACGAAGUCUUCGACUCCGAAGACACACACGAGACCCUUUACCACCUUCUUUGGUAUUAAGUUGGGCGUCUAAAUGUAACAGGAGAGGAAAAAUGCAACGACCAGUCCAGGACUCGAACAUGGGACCUCCGAACUCUCGACGGACGCUCUUCACCAUUUGA